CGGGCGGCUUUCCGUGACGAACAGCAACACGUCCAGCCGCCAUAGCGUUUCACUGUAAUCCAUUUGGUUGCCCGCCGUGCAGUUAGUAGUAUGAAAAACAUGUUAACCGCAAUCUCUAACGCGUUGUGUAGAAUCACUGGCAGCAAUGUGGGGGCCCAAACAGUGUCUGAGUUCCUGAUUGGCCAGUCAGAGCUCGUCAAUUUAACCUCACCUGCAGCAUCUGCCUUGGCAACCACCACCAAGCGACAACCGCCUAAGCCCCCACCAGUUAAUACUAAAGCAUCUGAAGCAGAGCUAGUUACAGAGCAGCCCACACUGCUAUCGGAUCCAGGGGCCAGGGCAGUAGUGUCGUCACGCGCUUUCGCAGACUUCACGCCGAAGGCGAGCUUUGAAAUCAAGAAAUGCGACGUGCACCGCCUGGAAGAGGGCCCACCAGGGCAGGCGGAGCUGACCCGGGAGCAGGGCCUGCACUACUACCGCACCAUGCAGACCAUCCGCCGCAUGGAGCUGAAGGCCGACCAGCUGUACAAGCAGAAGAUCAUCCGGGGCUUCUGCCACCUCUACGACGGCCAGGAAGCAUGCGCCAUGGGCAUAGAAGCAGCCAUCAACCCCACCGACCACGUCAUCACAGCCUACCGCGCACACGGCUACACCUACACCCGGGGGGUGCCUGUCAAGCAGAUCUUGGCUGAACUCACCGGCCGUAAAGGGGGCAUCGCCAAAGGCAAGGGUGGCUCAAUGCACAUGUACGCACCAAACUUCUACGGCGGUAAUGGCAUCGUUGGAGCGCAGGUGCCUCUGGGAGCAGGUAUUGCCUUGGCAUGCAAGUACCUGGGCAACAACCAGGUGUGUGUUACGCUCUAUGGAGACGGAGCAGCCAAUCAGGGCCAGAUCUUUGAGGCGUACAACAUGGCGGCCCUGUGGAAGCUGCCGUGCAUCUUCAUCUGUGAGAACAACAAGUACGGCAUGGGCACGUCGGUGGAGCGGUCCUCCGCCAGCACCGACUACUACCGCAGGGGGGACUACAUACCGGGACUCCGGGUGGACGGUAUGGACGUGCUGUCCGUCAGAGAAGCCACCAAGUUCGCUGCGGACCAUUGCAGAGCUGGAAAGGGCCCCAUCCUCAUGGAGCUGGAAACCUACCGUUACCAUGGCCACAGCAUGAGUGACCCGGGGGUCAGCUAUCGCACACGAGAGGAGAUCCAGGAAGUGCGCAGUAAGAGCGACCCCAUCUCCAUGCUGAAGGACCGCAUGCUCAGCAACAAGAUGGCUGCCAUGGAGGAGUUUAAGGAAAUGGACUCCGAGAUCAGGAAGGAGAUCGAGGAGGCGGCUCUGUUCGCCACGUCGGACCCCGAGCCCCCGCUGGACGCCCUGUGCGACCACAUCUUCCACAACGAUCUGCCGCUGGAGGUCCGCGGGACCACCCCCUGGUCGAAGCUGAAGUCCAGCAGCUAGACGCGCAGCCCCCUCAUCCCCGUCCAGUGUAUAGUCCUCGAAGGAAGAGUUUCAUUUUAAACCUGGGCUUCCCGGCAACGGUUGUUCAUGGAUUGUUGUUCAAGUUAUUUAUGGGAGGUGAGGAGUCACCCAGGUUCCUUAGAAUCAGGUUAAAGUCGCACCAAAGGCUGCAGGGUUAAAGUAGCAUGGUGAAACAUUCAGAACACAGUGCCAAUGUGUUUUUCUUGUUCAUCAUAGGUAGUGAGGCAGACUGGCAAGUGUAGAUGCCCUCCUAACCCAGGGCCAGACCAGCUUUUAACCCCUAGUCUACUCGUGACCAGGAAAGUCUCCUCUUUUUUUUUUUAACAUCAGAAAUUCCUUCUCAUGACUGAGCCCUUUGGCAGUAGUGAGUUGCACCGUCCGCUCUUUGUGGGUGGUGCAUUUUUCCAACUUAGAUGGCAACCUGUUCACAUAUUGACAAUUUCAAUAGAUUUAUGCAGCGUUGAAUCCUUUUUCUUUUUGUGGACCUCUGUGCGUGGUUCACAUUCCCUUCCUCCUCGGUCCACAAAAGUCUGUCUCGCACCGUUGUGAGAGGUCAACCAGGGGGCUGCGUGGGGGUCUUCUUCCACGGCGGUGCCUCUAGUCAUGGUUUUUAAAUGAAACUCUUCUUGUGCUUUGACCCAACAUCGACUCCCUUUGACCUGACGAGCCAGAGAGUUGUUGUGGUAGAUUACAGAACUCGGUAGACCACUGCCUCAUAGUGCACCUUUUCCAAACUGUUCCUGAAGCGGUGUCUGUUAUUUAUUUAUCUCAUAAGGAUACAUUAUCAUAACUAUAUGAAAAGUUACUGUCGCCUGACUGCGUCAGAUUAGUGCAAUCUUUACUAUUUAUGAACUAGGAUCUAUUCUAGCCUUGCUGUGUUGACCCUAUCCAGCGGCUGUGAUUGGCACCUGGGUCUUCCCAGGUUGUCUCCUUUUUAUAAUUUAUUUUUAGCUUAUUGUUCAGUGUACUACUGGCUGUGGUUUUAAGCUGUGGCGCUGAUUAUGUUGCAAGUAUGUAACUGCUGGACCGUUGCAUUCCUAACAAAGUACUUGGAUCCCCGCAUGAUAUUCACAUCCAUCUACCCGUGGGAUUCAUAUGUGGCCAUGGUUUAUUCAUUUAGAUUUAUUUCCUUGUAUGAAACAAGCUUUCAACAAUUUAUUAGAUUGUUUCGUUUUAAGUCCUCUGAUCUGGCUCUUUGAUACCAUGUGCCCUGUUCAGGAUUUCCUGAUUUGGUUGUGUUGCACUUUAUCUCAUUAUUUAAUUUGUUUAUAUAUAGGUGCGGAAAAAAUCUUGACAAUUUUUAUUUUGCUCCAACCUUGCACUGAAACAAACGGCACUGACUUAAUAUAUAUACAUGAUUCCACUCAUCAGAAGUCAUCUCUGGGUCGAGCUAAUGCAUUAACAGAUGGUUGGUGCAAAGCAAGGAGGACUUCAAUGUUCUGGAUGCAGAGUUUCUACCUCUAGGUCCAGGGCAUAAUGUCCCACCAUGGAGCUGCACUGUGGGUCAGCUCAAGAGUUGGCCGUUGGCUCUCUGAGGCAAUGAGAACCACAGCUCUAUACAGUCCACCCAUCCCCCUCCUUAAAGCUGUACAUUAGCUGUAAAGAUUUAAGAUAUUUAUGCAGUUUAUGUUGGAAACAGUGUAAAGUGAAUAUUGCAAUAAAGUUUACUUUCAAUAUUUUA